CCGAUGACAAAGGGGGGUGGUGGCGCGCGAGUGUGGGAGCGCCGGAGGAUUUUUGCAACUGCGUGUUUUUCCUCUCUGCCGUGGCGCUCUGUCCAAAAGGGCAUUCGCUUCUCGCUGCUGGCUGUGCACCCUGGCGAAUGGAGAAAGAAAAAAAAGUUGCUUGUUUUUGUUUCGCGUGUCACUAGAAAACCCCUUCCGCGGAAGGAAUAAAAACGAGCUCCCCCGGAUUAUCGAACCCGCACAGGUGAAAAGUACGAUUUAAUUGCGUCUACGACGGGCACGAAACGAAAACCUGCUGGAGGAAACGACGACGACGGCAAGAUGUCCUAUCGGAUUUUGCGGAAGCUGCAGUCCGGCAAUGAGCUGGAAAUUAAGGAACCCAUCGACGAGGUGUCCGACGGAGCCGACGCGGAUUACGACACCAACAGCAUUGGCAGCACCACCCGGAAGAAGAUCAACAAUCGGUUCGAUUUGCUAAACCAGCAGCAGUCCCUGUCGGAGAGCGAAGUCAAGGAGGACGACAACGACGAAACGGAGCGGGACGCCCACCAGAACCCGAACCUGGCCGAGACGAAGCGGCGCAAAAAGAAGAAGAAGAAGAAGACGGGCAAGUACAUGUCCAGCUCGGCACGGCGCAGCAGCGAGGACAACGCGGACGCCGAGGACGACUUUACGCGCACCGUCAAGGAGGUCGACAAGCUGUUCGGUGACUAUGAAAAGUCGGAGAAUAGCCCUGCGGUGGCGAACAGUGGCACGUCGGGGAUUUUGACCAAGUCGCUGCUUUCGGUGCAGCACAAAAAUCUGAAUCCGCAGUACGAGAUGAAGCGCAUGUUUGGGAGUAAGGUGGUCGCCGAUCAGCAGAACAAACGUCGCAACAACCGUGGGGCACCGCGCAUUCUCAAGUCGACGUACUUGGUCAACCCGAAGGACAACUGGCCACCGGUGGGAAAGUCCGGCAUCUACAUGAACUUGGUGCAGGCACCGGAGCAGCCACUUGGGGGAAGUGGUGCAAAGACGGUUGAGAAGAACGCGGUUUAUUUCGCGUUUGAGCACAGUCCGUCGUACCGGUUAAUUCAGCAAAAGUUCUUGCAAGCGGUUGAGAGUAUGGACUCGGACAACAUCAUCAAGAUCAUCAACCAGCAUCCGUACCACGUGGACUCGUUGAUUCAGCUGAGCGAGCUGUGCAAGAUGUCCGAGGAUCACGCGAUGGCAUCUGAGCUGAUUGACCAUGCGUUGUUUGCGUUGGAGUCUUCAUUCCACACGAUGUUUAGCCUGACUCAGGGCAAUUGUCGGCUGGAUUAUCGUAGGCAGGAGAAUCGAGCGUUGUUCGUGACCCUCUUCAAGCACUCACAAUAUCUGGAAUCACGCGCCUGCUCCCGGACAGCCCUCGAAGUGGCCAAACUGAUUCUUACCUUCGAUCCGGUCAGCGAUCCGCUCGCGAUCAUCCUGAUCGUCGAUUACUACGCAAUUCGCGCCAAACAGUACGAAUGGCUGGUUCAGCUGUACGACGAGUGGGAAGCGACCAACAAUCUGUCCCAACUCCCCAACAUGGCGUACUCUUACGCGUUGGCCCUCUUCCACCUGAAGCGGACGGACGCGGCUGACCGGGCCCUGCAGUACGCACUGCUCAUGUUCCCGGCCGUGCUGCGAAUGCUGCUGGACGAGCUGUCCAUUCAGCCGGACCCGCGCGUCACCGGACACUCGUACUUUGGACCGGCCACGUACGACAAGGCCACCGUUGCACUGCAACAGCUCACCUCGAUGUACGUCUGCCGGUCGAAGCUGGUCUGGCGCGACGCGGAGAUACUGCCGUGGCUCGAGCGGAACGUUACGGCCGUGCUGGAUCGGGUCGAUGCCAAGGAUGACAUUGUUGCGGAAUAUACCGCCAAGCGGAAUCAGAGGUACAUGAACCCGCCACGCGCCAUCCUGCGACACAUCGUACUGUCCGACUUUAAGGAGAAGGUCCCGCUGGCCCAGUUCAUCAAGAAGGAGACGGAACCGGUGUUGAUGUACGACCCGCUGCCCCCGCUGGACUCGAUCAACAUUUACACUAGACCCGCCAUCAGCCCCACGACCCGAACGAUGAUCAACGCGUCCCCGUUCUCGAUGUUUUUCCAGUCACUCCUGCCCAGCUUCAGCCUUCAGCAACCGGGAGGAGCCGGAGUUGGCCACCAGCUGCAGCAACAGCGAAACCGCGAAGCCGGUGAAGGUCCGGCGAAUGCUGCCGUCGCAGCCGCAGCCGCCGCCGCCGCUGCUGGAGCUGGGGCAGCAGCCGCCGCGGGAGACGGAGCGAUUGCCGGCCUGCAGGCGUACACCAACUCGCUCAACUCGAUCGUCGAUGCGAUGCGGGACUUUUUGUCGGACAUUCGAGUGCUGGAACGGCCGAACGAUGCCGACGUGGACGAUGACGACGGGUCGGAGGAUGAGGACGAGCAGAACAAUUAUCUGACGUAAGCUGGGUCGGGCGUUGGGGAGGCCCUGGUAAGUGUGGAUUGAGUUUAUUGUUUAUUUAUUUUUUUGUUUUAUUUGCCCAAGGCUGCGGGAGCGAAAUGAGAUGUGAUUUCAAGAUUCUUGUACUAUCAUCACACAGACACAGUUACAAAACACGAGAGAAGAAAAAAAAUCAAAAUUUUGUUUAGGACGUAGGUUUGUUUUUGCUCACUUAUUUUGAUAAUGCAAGCGAUAUUUUUUUUGUACUGAUGAUGUUGUCUUUGGAGUAAAAUAUAUAUUAAAAGCUA